AUGCAUGACGUUUUAUCAUUGAAGCUAGAUGAAUGGACAGAUGAACAAGUUGAUGCACUGGAAAAAAUGGGAGGAAACACAUUGUUAAAUAAGAAGUACGAAGCUUGCCUCCCAAGUAACAUGGCAAAACCAAAACCACAUUCUUCCAUCGAAGAGCGCUCUGAAUUUAUUCGGAGAAAAUAUGAGCUGCAACAAUUUAUGGAGAGUGAUGACCAUAUGACAGGCCCCAUUGUCCCAUCUCAAGGAAGAAGUAUAUCACUUGCUCAGUGCAGUUCUUCAUACUAUAAUGCAGUCAUGGACAAAAAACCAUCUGAAAAACAUCCAAGCAAAAUUCGUAUUGGGAAUGCAUUGCGCAAUAGUUGGGGAAAAAAAGAAGCUGAUCACAAGCCAAAGAAGAGUACCUCAUUGGCAGGUAUGGUUGAAUUUGUUGGGUUGAUUAAGGUUAAUGUGGUUAAAGGCACUCACCUAGCUGUUCGAGACGUAAUGACUAGUGACCCUUAUGUUAUCCUUUCUUUGGGUCACCAAUCAGUAAAAACACGAGUCAUAAAAAACAAUUUGAAUCCAGUGUGGAAUGAAAGUCUAAUGCUAUCAAUUCCAGAGAACAUUCCUCCUCUAAAAGUGCUUGUGUAUGACAAGGAUACAUUUUCAACUGAUGAUUUUAUGGGAGAGGCUGAAAUAGACAUUCAACCUCUAGUUAUAGCAGCAAAGGCCUACGAGAAAUCGAACAUCAAUGAGUCCAUGCAGCUUGGUAAAUUCGUAGCAAGCAAGGACAACACCCUUGUUAGAGAUGGAAUCAUAUCCCUUGAUGAAGGAAAGAUCAAACAGGAGAUCUCAGUGAGGCUUCAGAACAUUGAGAGAGGUGAACUUGAGCUUGAGCUUGAGUGUGUUCCUCUUACUCAGUAG